AUGGGGAAUCGACAUGGACACCAUAGACAGCAUUGCGAUGGCGGUGGCUGGGGAAUGGGACAUCAACAGCACGCCUAUCCGAUGGCUACCAAUCAUGGGAUGAACAUUGGACAUUUUCCUCAUCAAAAUGCAGGAUACGGCUUUGAACCACAUCAUCAUGAGCAUCAUGGUGGCUUCGGUGGCUUCGGGCAUCACUCGGGACAUCAUUCUGGACAUCAUUCUGGACAUCACGGAGGAUUUGGGGGAUCUCAUGGCCACCAUGGACAUCAU